AUGCCGGCGAUGCAUCACACUAUCUCUCUUCUCUGCUCCCUUCUUGCCGCCAGCGUACAUGCGCAAGGCAGCUCCUGUACUAUUGUCGAUUCAGUGCAGCAUACAUUUUACGGAUUUCCUGAUAACGACCCUCCAGGUCCUGCAACGGCAUAUGAUUGCGGGCGCAACUUCACCGCGGGAGGCACAGGAACUUUCUCUGAUCCUCUCACAAUGGCAAGCGCAGAGGGACAAUUCGAGCAAUGCGAGGUUGUUUACGUCCCUCACCUUCGAAAAUACGUCGUCUAUGAGGACUUCUGUCAGCAAUGCACAGAUGAUUGGGAAUUGGGAAUUCAUCACAUAGACAUCUGGACUGGCUCCCCAGAUCUAAGUGGUGGAGAUAGCCAGAUCAAUUGCGAGAACAAUCUAACACCCGACGACUCGCUCUCGAUUGUCAGAAAUCCAGCGGCAGACCUCGAGGUCGAUGCAACUGUGUUAUAUGACCCUGUGACUGAUGUCUGCGAGACAAGUCAUAUCGACCCUACGUUCAACAUUGGCGACUUCUGUUAG